AUGCCGCUUUACGUAUUUUAAUUAUUUCAAAUACAAUUUAAGUUAAUCAGAUAUUACAGUAAAUGGAUGAGAAGAACAUAAUAUAAAUGCCAGACCGACAGAAAAGAGUAAUUCCCAAUGUAACAGUUGGGAGCUGUAGACUCUCAUAAACAAGACCCAUAAACAAUAUGGCGGAUUCGUCGUCAAGUUUGUUUUACGCAUCUGACUCUCUGAAGUUAAAGACAAUGAAUAAAGACACGAAAGGUGCAGAAAAAAUGACUGAGCGAAUCUUAAAUUAUGCCCUGGGCAUAAUCUACCUGCUGACCGGAGAGGAAUACACCGUUGUGAGGAAGAAUUCCCCCCACAACAGCAUUCACCCACUGACCGGCGAGGUGCCUAUAAAGUGUGAUGACGUUGCCGUAUACUUUUCUAGGGAGGUGUGGGAGUAUAUAGAGUGGCACAAGGAGUAUAGGGCACUUGUGAUGUAGUCAUAUCUCUGGUACUGUCCUUAUUGCCCUGAAUAAAUGCCUAUUUCUUUCCUAAGA